UUUUCUGUAGGAAUUUCAACCUGUUGUCGUUUGGCGAGGAGGCUGAGGAAGAUGAGGAGAUGGUCAAUCAAGUCAGCCAGACCUUGAAAGGAAAAAGCAAAAGCAGUCAUGACCUGCUGAAGGAUGAUCCCAAGUUGAGCUCUGUUCCUGUCAUCGACAGUAACCAAAGUGGCGGAGAUGAUUCUGAGGAUGCAGGUGAUGAUUCAGAGGACGACAGCGAGCGUGAAGCAGAGAGAGAGAGGAUCCGAGAGAACAUCUCACAGAAACUAAAGAAAGACAAGACGGAGGAGAAGGCGUCCAAUCCAGACACGCUGAAGAAGACUUCACGCAGUGAUGAAUUGAGAAAAGAAGCUCGCCAGCUGAAGAAAGAAUUACUUGCAAUCAAACAGCGAAAAGAAGAUGGUGUGAAGAAAGAAGAGGAUGUCAGUGAGGGUGAGUGUCUCAGCCACAAAAUCACAGCUGUUUGUCUUUUCAUUGACAGAAUUUGAAGAAAGCUCUGUAUU